GGUCGGAGGGGGCGGGUUAUGGCGGCGGUGACCGCGGCGUCGGGGCCGGUGAAUGAAUUCCCCGGGCGGACGAGGGGGGAAGAAGAAGAAGAAAGGGUGCGGAGGGCCGACGGACGCCCCAACGCCGCCGCCGCCGCCGCCGCCCCCGCCGCCUAAGCGGAGGAGUCCGGGCCGGUGGCCCCCCGCCGCCGCCGCCGCCGCCAUCGCCCUCGCCCUGCUGCGGUUCGUGGCCCUCCGUGUGGGGCUGCUGGUCGGCUGGCUGUGCCGGCGGCUCGCCCGGCUCCUCAUGGCCGCCAACAGGGGAGGCCGCGCCCGGGAGGAGGCCCGGGCCUCCCCCUCCGCCUCAGCAGCCUCCCCUUCCUCCUCAGCCUCCGCCUUCUCCUCAGGCGCGGGGGAGGAGGCCGAACGGGUCCGCGCCUUCCACAAGCAGGCCUUCGACCACAUCUCCGUCGCCCUCCGCAUCGACGAGGACGACAAAGCAGGUCAGAAGGAACAAGCCGUGGAAUGGUAUAAGAAAGGAAUUGAAGAACUAGAAAAAGGAAUAGCGGUCUUGAUCACAGGACAAGGUGAACAGUGUGACAGAGCUAGACGUCUUCAAGCUAAAAUGAUGACUAACCUGGUUAUGGCCAAGGAUCGUUUGCAACUUCUAGAGAAGCUGCAACCAGUUUUGCAAUUUUCCAAGUCGCAAACGGACGUCUAUAAUGACAGUACUAAUCUGACAUGCCGCAAUGGACAUCUCCAGUCAGAAAGCGGAGCCGUUCCCAAAAAGAAGGACCCAUUAACACACACUAGCAACUCCCUUCCUCGUUCAAAAGCAGUUGCAAAAACUGGAUCCACAGGCCUUUCAGGCCAUCAGAGAGCGCCCAGUUGCAGUGGGCUGUCAAUGUUUUCUACGGGUAGACAAGGAGCUGCUCCUGCAACUUCGGCUCAUAAGGGUACUCCGAAACCUAAUAGAACAAAUAAACCUUCUACUCCUACACCUGCUGCCCGAAAAAAGAAGGACUUGAAAAAUUUUAGGAAUGUGGACAGUAAUCUUGCGAAUCUUAUAAUGAAUGAAAUCGUAGACAACGGAACAGCGGUCAAAUUUGAUGAUAUAGCCGGACAAGAGUUGGCAAAGCAGGCACUACAAGAAAUUGUUAUUCUUCCUUCCCUUAGACCUGAGUUGUUUACAGGCCUUAGGGCUCCAGCCCGUGGAUUGUUGCUGUUUGGUCCACCUGGAAAUGGGAAGACUAUGCUGGCUAAAGCUGUAGCUGCAGAAUCAAAUGCCACCUUCUUUAAUAUAAGUGCCGCCAGUUUAACUUCAAAAUAUGUGGGAGAAGGAGAGAAAUUGGUGAGAGCUCUCUUCGCUGUAGCUCGGGAACUUCAGCCAUCUAUAAUUUUUAUAGAUGAAGUUGAUAGCCUUCUGUGUGAACGGCGAGAAGGAGAACAUGAUGCCAGUAGACGUUUAAAAACGGAGUUUUUAAUAGAAUUUGACGGUGUACAGUCCGCUGGAGAUGACAGAGUUCUCGUGAUGGGUGCAACUAAUAGGCCACAGGAGUUGGAUGAAGCUGUUCUCAGGCGGUUCAUCAAACGGGUAUAUGUAUCUUUACCAAAUGAGGAGACAAGACUACUUUUACUAAAAAAUCUCUUAAGCAAGCAAGGAAGUCCACUGACCCAAAAAGAGCUAGCCCAGCUAGCCAGAAUGACAGAUGGCUACUCAGGAAGUGAUUUAACAGCUUUGGCAAAAGAUGCCGCCCUGGGUCCUAUUCGAGAACUGAAACCAGAACAAGUGAAGAACAUGUCUGCCAGUGAGAUGAGAAAUAUUCGACUGUCGGACUUCACCGAAUCCUUGAAAAAGAUCAAGCGCAGCGUGAGCCCCCAGACGCUGGAAGCGUACAUUCGGUGGAACAAGGACUUCGGAGACACCACGGUUUGAAGCGGAAGACUGUGAGAGGAGAUGGGGUGACUGCCGAGAGGAGAAAUUGUACCAGCAAACAGCAGUUGGUAUAGGCUACCAAAAUUCUGCCUAGGUUUACGAGACUUUUCAGAUUCUCACAGGUAUUUGUGUGCACUAAAACUUGAAGCAGCACCGGAAAAGAAAUUAAAAUAGAGCGUACAGUGCGAAUAGAAUUCUUUGGUGUCAAAGGCAUCCUUGCCUUUACAGUCAGGGUUUAUUCAGUGGGCACUGCAGUCGGAGCACAAUGAAAACCGGAAGAAAAAAGAAUCUAGCUACUUCAUCAUCACUAACCAAAAUCUGUAUAUUUUGUUAGAGGCGUCCCAGUAGUAGUAAUCGAAGACAUAGAGUCCCUUAGCCUUGGUUUUUGUCCUGUUUGUUUUUUUUCAUGUGACGCAUAUUCACCCCUCUCCUCGUCCCACUGUUACAUUAAUAUAUACUUGUAACUAUAACUGUAAUGCUGGAAGUUUGUUUGGGUCUUUUUGGUAAGUUCAAUUCAGGUGCCAAAUGGAACUUUUCCCUGUAGGAA